AACUAAUUGAACCUUUCAUCCGAAGUCUACUUUCAUUUUCUUUCUUCUCCUUAACUUUCUCCCACACUGCCCUCAAAAUUCGAUCCCCUCGGCAUUGGAGUUUCACCUUCAUUACUUUUUGGUCUUUUCCGCAUUCACGCUUCCCUUUCUACACUUCAACCAACGUUUCAUCGAACGUUCACAAUCAAUCAGGAUCGCAAUCGAUUACCAUCCUUUCAACCUAUUUUCGUUCCUCUCGGUUAGGACUGUACUCUGUCGUACUUCUAAUUAGAAUCGGAUUGAUUUCCUUUACAACAACCACAAAAACCAAUCAAACAUCGACCCUCUCUGAACACUUGCGGCGCAUCCCACAACUCUCACUUCUCAGUCUCUCUAGUCAGAGUCAACAAAGGAUUCUAGCAGGAAACUAAUCAACCUUCUACUCAUCAACUUAACACCUUGGUCACUCCAAGUCGACCUUUAUCAUCAAGUAUGACUUCUUUAGCACCCAUUCGACCGCCUUCAUCGGCUUCAAACAGGUCUUCAACUCCUGCUGGGCAGUCUAAUGGCGUCUAUCGCCAUCAACACUCGCUCUCGUCAUCCACCCCUGCCAAUCAACACUUUGGUGCACUCUCUCCUCACUACGGGGGCGCACGCAGCGCAGGUGGCCCCAGACAAAGCCUAGAUGCUAGCAAGGCCUUGGCCGGAAGUGGGCCCAUGAGCCCUCGUAUCACAUCUGGUGGUGGUAUGAGACCCAACAGUGAAAUGUUGGGUCUCGGUGGCCAACAGAUAUUUGGUCCAUCUCUCGAAGCUGAGGCGAUCGACAAAUGGUUCGAGGAUCUCCAAAGCUAUGAGGCGACUUUAGAAGAAAUGGCUGCCGCCAGUUUAGACGUUAACUUCAAAGAAGAGCUUAGCGCCAUUGAGCAAUGGUUUCGUGUCCUUAGUGAGGCCGAAAGAACUGCUGCUUUAUAUUCCCUUCUUCAGUCAUCCACUCAAGUCCAGAUUCGUUUCUUUAUCACUGUACUUCAACAAAUGGCUCGAAGCGAUCCGAUGACCGCACUUUUAAGUCCUGCGCCCUCAGGCGGCGCUGCCUCGAUGGAACAGCAAAUGGAAGCUAAGCUGGCUCAACUUAGCAUGAAAUCCCCUGCUUCACCUGUUGUCCGCCAAUUUGCGAGACAAUCUUUGGGGACCAGUAUCAACACCCCAACCGAAACAUAUCUUAGCCCGAACUCGGCCCUCUUGAAUGAAUCUACCAACUCCAACAAUGGCAGUGCGAGCGAGGCUGCGGCCUUGUUAGCUAAUCAACGCGCCAAACUCAAAGCUAGUUCGGCCAACCGCGUUUCUGCUCCUGUCCAACUCUUGGCUGACAACAGUCUCAAGAGUCCCAAGUGGAAUAACCACUCUGGCACUGUUGAAGAGGAAAGUAGUAUCAAUCGAUCGCCCAGUCCGAGACCAAAGAGCACGGGAAGCGACUUGAACACAAGUCAUCAUAACGCUUCCCAUGCCGCCUUCGCCCGCGCUGCUGCUGCUGGUACUCCUGGAUUAGAAAGCCAACUCAGUCCGAUCCUCGGCGGAAGCUGGGCUAGCCAAGUCAACACUCCUCUUGUACCUAUGUUCGCCAAUAAGGAAGAUGGUGGACAUGCUGCCGAUGCUAAUUCGCAAGGCUUAGGCGACGCCGCGAACCGUUUGGCUCAAUGGGGAGCCGCUCAUCAAGCCGGCUCGACAAACGCGAAUUCCACUCCAGCUCCAUCUGCCACUCCUAACACGCCAGGGGAUUCACCCACAAAUGGGAUUCAAUUAGAUGACGCCCGAAAAUUUCGCCGUCAAAGCAAAGGACUCCAAGGCACCGCUGCGAGUGGACAAUCUUUCUCAGGUGUAUUAUCCGGACUUGGCCCGAGCUCUAACAACAGCAUGACAUCUGGCCAGAACUCUAACAAUAACUCUCAGAGCGGCAUGCCAAACAACAUGUCUAGCAGCAUGGGACAUGCUUCCACCCCACAAAUCUACACCGGUAGCGGGCAAGGCAUGCAGAACCGAACAGGCGGAUUAUCAAACUCGUAUGGCGGACCUCGCUCCGCUUUGCAUUCAAGCAAUGGUGGUGGCAUGCCUAGCCCUAUGACCACUCAAUCAUUACUCAAUGCUCAACAAGCCGCCAUGGCUGCUCAACAAAACUGGCGCAAUGGAUUGAAUAGUCCAAACGUACAAAACGCUGCGGCGGAUCCGACGAUGGUAAACAACUUGGCUAUGAUGAACACUCUGGCUGGAUUUAACGGCGGCAUGAAUUUGAAUGGAAUGGCCAAUAUGGCGGCUAUGACCAACAUGAACGAUCCUAAUGCCCUUCAAAAUAUGGCAAAUCUUCUUAACAUGCAACAGCAGAUGCAACAAGCGCAACACCUUCAAGUCUUACAGCAACAGAUGCAGAUGGGUGGUAUGAUGGGUGGUGCGCCUAUGAUUUCUCCGCUCUCUGCCCGCCUAGGGAUGAGUUUCCCCGCUGGUUUCCCGAUGAUGGCUGGAAAUCAAGGAUUGGCCAACAAGCGUAGCCCGAACGGUCGUUCGCCGGUCGGUAAACCAUCUCACACUCCUGGAUCAGGAUCUAACCCAGAUGAGGAGCUUGACAUGAAGCUUUUGAGUGACAUUCCGGCUUGGCUCCGUGGUCUUCGAUUACACAAAUAUACACCUAACUUUGAAGGAUGUACUUGGCAAGAAAUGGUUCUCAUGGGUGACUCCGACUUGGAAUCUAGAGGUGUUGCCGCUGUGGGAGCCAGACGCAAAAUGCUCAGAACGUUUGAGACCGUUCGAAUCAAAAAGGGAAUGGCCUUACCCGGUGAUGGUGAAGAUAAAUCAGGUGGUUCUGAACUCGGUGCUAGUGUCAGCAAAGAUCAGAAAGAAACCGACACCACUACUACCGAAAGUGAUAGAGACUCUAAGGCUUAAACACCUUUUCGAUCUUGUUUUUCUUUUUAUGGUGUGCUUCAAGGUUUUACUUGCUAGCCGACCUAUGGAACUUGACCUCGUCUUGUGCUUGUAUUUGAAACGUACUUCUUCUUGAAGUACGUCUGUCAGACUUUAAAUCUGAAUUUUUGUUGGAGAAUCAACAGAUGGGUUGGGUUGGGUUUGCUUACCAUGUUGUAGUAAGCCUGAUGACUUAUCUUCUAUUUACUAUGGUUUCCUUUUUUUUGGUUUUGUUUGAGUGUGUAUAAGAUUUUUGGCGCGCAUGUUCUGUUUGUUAUGAAUUCUUUCUUACUUUCUUACAUCUAUUCAUCCAGCCCUAUUCAAAUGGUUCUUUUAAGCCUUAUAAUCAAACCACUACUACCAUUAUCAUGUAUUUCCAUCUGAGAAAACCUUUUAUGAUCAACCACUGAUCCCCAAAUUGUCUUGUUUUCAAUCUUUGUUUUUGUUUUGUGUGUGUGUCUGAGAAUGAUGAUGAAUUUGAUUAUGAAUAAAGUGUUUUUUUUGUUGUG